AUGGCAAUGAUCCCGAAAGAUAAAGUUUUGGCUCUGAGAGGAGUGUUGAACAUGGUCCCCAAGUAUAAAGCACAUGACACUCCAGUAGACGGACCGCUGCUGGAAAACUUUCGAAUCAGCUCAAAUGACUUUCACGCUGCACUGAUGAACUAUAAAAGUUUGGACUUGACCCAAAAAUUUGUGAAAGAUUUGUCAAAGGAGGAAUGGGAACAGUUCUUGAAGUACGAUCAAAGUGUGACAGGUAGAGAUCGUCAUGAAUUCCUCGAGAUUUAUUUCAAAAAGUUGGAUUACACUUUUGGAAUUGUCUUCUACGACAAGACUGACAAUAAUGUUAGUGUAAUUUCUGCAGUUCCUACAGGCCAUUUAGAGAAAAAUUUGUUCAAAAUUUCACCGCUGUUCGCAAACUCCACAGAUACUGCCUUCCAUGCAAUGAAAGCUAUUUCGGAUGUAAUGCUCGAUCAACAUCCAAAUGCAACACUGGUUUUCUAUCUGGUUGGAAUUCUAGAUGGAUCUUUUACAGCACUUCAAAAGUUCUUCAAAGAUCUGAAUAUAAAAUCUGGAAUCAGUGGAAUCACUCUUUACAGUGAUCAUUAUCCACAGCAAGGGGAUCUAGACAAAGUCUUCAUUCCUCACAACAGUUCCUGCCAUUUUGAUUACUAA